GAUGUGAUAGAGGAGAGAGAGCUUGUUCCUGGUCAGAUUAUUGUCUGGCUGCUGCUUGAGGAUGAGAUAGGACCAGCCUGCCUCCUCCUACCCCCUCCUCUUCACUGGUCCCAGUUCAUUCACAAACAAGGGAACAAGGCUGAUCACACUUCCAAGAAUGGAAAACUCAAGUAUCACUCUAAUGGAUUUAUUCAACUCUUCCCUAUGGAACUUCGAAAGCUCUUCUCUGGAGAUGGCCACCACUGACACUACAGCAGAUGAAAGGACAGAACUCAACAGUAUGGCAGCGAUGCUUCAGAAAGCUUUACCCGAACCAUUAGCCACUUCUACUCCAUUCUGGGAUAGCCCACUGAACCAUUUCCUGAGUGUGUUUGUUGGGGUGGCUCUGUGUGUCACCAUGUUGGGUCUGGGUUGUACAGUGGAGGUCAGCCAGAUAGGGGAACAUCUCAGAAGACCCAUUGGAGCCCUACUGGCACUCAUCUGUCAGUUUGUUCUCAUGCCACUGGUGGCUUUCCUGCUGGCUCUGAUCUUUUCUCUCAAUGAAGUUGCUGCUAUUGCUGUACUGCUGUGUGGCUGCUGUCCUGGCGGAAACCUUUCCAACAUCAUGUCACUUCUGGUGAAUGGAGAUAUGAAUCUCAGCAUCAUCAUGACAACGUCCUCUACAAUUCUGGCAUUGAUAUUAAUGCCGCUGUGCCUGUGGAUCUACAGCAGGCACUGGAUUAACACAACACUGGUCCAAUUUCUUCCAUUUGGAGCCAUGAGCCUGACCCUCUGUAGCACUCUUCUGCCUAUUGGUCUAGGGGUUUUUAUACGUUAUCGGUACAAUAGGAUUGCCGAUGUUUUACUGAAGGUUUCUCUGUGGUCUCUGCUGGUUUCUCUGCUCCUCCUGUUCAUCCUCACUGGAGCCAUGUUGGGCCCGGAACUACUGGCUACAAUUCCACCUGCUGUGUAUAUCGUGGCAGUGAUUAUGCCUCUGAUAGGCUAUGCCAUGGGAUAUGGCUUAGCCACUUUAUUCAAACUGCCUCCCAACUGUAGGCGAACUGUGUCUCUGGAGACCGGCUGUCAGAAUGUCCAGCUAUGCACGGCCCUCUUAAAGCUGGCCUUCCCUGCUCAUCUAAUAGGCAGUAUGUACAUGUUCCCAUUACUGUACGCUCUAUUCCAAGCUGCAGAAGCGGGUAUUUAUGUCUUGGUCUACAAACUCUAUAGGAAGGAAGUUCUCCAUAAAUCUGAGCCAUCUGAAGAUGAAGACACAGAUAUCUCAUAUAAAAAACUGAAAGAGGAAGAGAUCAAUGAAAUAUCUUACGGAACAGUCAACAAUGAAGAGCAAAAUUCUCUUCCAAAGGAGCCCACACCAGGACUUUAUUAAUUCAAUGUAAAUCUGUAUAUAUGUAUCAGAUAUGUUUACAUUACAAUGCUUAGUCGGCAGAAUUUGGAUUUUGUUCUGUGGGUCUCUUGAAUGGGAGUGUGAAUGCACAAUAUACUAUAUUCAGUAUAUAAGGUCAUAAUGCAUUUCAUCUCACAAGUAAAUUGUGGGCAUAGUUGUAAGAGACCUUUGUUGCGUUUCAUAUUUGCACAUAUACAGACCUGGAGACGGUCUAAUGUAUAGUAAGUUGUACAAUUCUGAAUCAAUAGGGUUGCC